AACUGAACAGGAUUAUGUUAAUUCUUGUCAGAUUAGUCGAAGGGUAUUUGAUGUAAUGAGAAAUGGAUGCAAAAAAGGUGCUCUUGCUCAAGCUGGGACAAAUUUGCCAUUCUCAGAUAUUUCAGCAGGGAGAUUUGGGAAAGACAAUCACCAUGAACUACUGAACCAGAAUAUGAUAAAUGAAAACAUAGAGAGAAGCUCCAUACAGUUUGAACUAUAUAAAAGACAGACAACUGUUAUUGUUACAAGAGAGAACUUCUUAAGCGUUGUUUGUGACGCCCUAUCUUCUUAUAAAUAUGUGGGUCCCAAUCAAAGGGUUGACCUGCUUCUGGCAUGCAGGAUUAGAGAAAGAAAGGAAUCGGUUACAAUUCUUUUGUGUGGAACAAGUGGUUGUGGGAAGUCUACCCUAUCGGCCUUACUGGGAAGCAGAUUGGGUAUUACAACUGUGAUUUCAACUGAUUCAAUUCGGCACAUGAUGAGGAGCUUUGUAGAUGAAAAAGAAAAUCCACUUCUGUGGUCCUCUACAUAUCAUGCUGGUGAUUACUUGGAUCCUGUGGCAGUUGCGGAAGCGAAGGCCAGAAGGAAAGCAAAAAGACUGGCUGGUGUUUCCAACUCUGUUCUUAGGGAAGGGCUGUCCAAUAAUGCUUCAUCUGAAAAUUGUGAGAAACAAUCACCGGAUGGAGGCUCCGGUAUCGACCAAAUUGGCAAAAAGCAGAUGGCAGUUGAGGGAUUCAAGGCACAGAGUGAAAUGGUUAUUGACAGUCUUGAUCGUUUGAUUACAGCGUGGGAAAAUCGGAAGCAAUCUGUUAUUGUAGAAGGAGUUCACCUGAGUCUCAAUUUUGUG